CUUCCCUCCAAUCAUUUUCAUCUAAAAAAUUAAAAAAAAUCUUAGUAUUUUUAAAUCAUUUAAUACUAAAUAAUUAUAAUAAUAAUAAUAAGUUAAAAAGAGUGGCAAAGGGACUGGUUUGGAGAAGUAGAAGAGUAUAAGAAACUUAUUAUCUCUGCUUUUACGUAACUCUUUGUUUAAUUUCAAAAUUAAAAUUUCGGUGUUCUUCUUGUUAUUGAUGAUCGCUGCUGUUCAAAUGCCUUGUGUUUGAUUUUACGCUCUUGAUUACAUAACAGGAAGAGAUCAAAUGGACCAAAAUUUACAGGAUAUGAUAUCAAGCCAGUCUCGAGGUCGAUCAGAAAUCCCUUUUGCUAAGAAAAUUGGAACAAGUGCAUGGGGAAUUCAAAUCAGCAGUAAUGCUUUUCACUCAUCUAGUGAUGCAAGUUUGUUUUCUACCUCAUUACCGGUUCUUCGUCACGAACAAUUGAACUUCAAUGGUUCCAGUGAAGUUAAAUUCGAUGAUUCGAAGCAAUGUGGUCAGUCUCUUAAGGAUGGGUCAUCUAAGUUAAAUAAUAUUGAACUAGAAAAUGGUAAGGACCUAUUUGAAGAUGUUGAAACAAAUGCAAUUGGAAACCUCCUUCCAGACGAUGAGGAGGAGCUUCUUGCCGGAAUAAUGGAUGAUUUUGAUCUUAGUGGAUUGCCUAACCAAACAGAGGAUUUGGAAGAGUAUGACCUCUUCGGUAGUGGAGGGGGAAUGGAAUUGGAUAUUGAAUCUCAAGAAAGCCUUCGAGUCAGUAUCUCAAAAUUGGACAUAUCUGAUGAGCUUGCAGCAAAUGAGAUUGGCCAGUACACAAUUUCAAAUGGUACGGGAACUGUGGCUGGCGAACAUCCGUAUGGGGAGCAUCCUUCAAGAACGCUAUUUGUUCGAAACAUAAAUAGUAACGUGGAGGACUCUGAAUUGAGGUCUCUCUUUGAGCAAUAUGGUGAUAUCAGAACUUUAUACACAGCAUGCAAGCAUAGGGGUUUUGUGAUGAUUUCGUAUUAUGAUAUUCGAGAUGCGCGGGCUGCAAUGCGUGGAUUACAAAAUAAGCCUUUAAGACGAAGGAAACUGGAUAUUCAUUUUUCAAUUCCCAAGGAUAAUCCUUCAGAAAAGGAUAUAAAUCAAGGAACUCUUGUAGUGUUCAAUUUGGAUGCAUCUGUAUCAAAUGAUGAGCUUCGUCAGAAAUUCGGGGCUUAUGGGGAGAUCAAAGAGAUAAGAGAAACACCACACAAGCGACAUCAUAAAUUCAUUGAAUUUUAUGAUGUUAGAUCUGCAGAAGCUGCUCUUAGGGCACUAAAUAGGAGUGACAUAGCUGGAAAACGCAUCAAACUUGAACCUAGUCGCCCUGGUGGAGCACGUCGAAACUUAAUGCAGCAACUUGGCCAAGAGCUGGAACAAGAUGAAGUCAGAAGUUUCAGGCACCAAGUUGGUUCCCCAGUAGCCAACUCUCCUCCAGGCAACUGGACACAAUAUGGCAGCCCAGUUGAACAUAAUCCAUUGCAUGGCUUUAGCAAGUCUCCGGGUCUAGGAACUCUUAGUCCUGUAAAUGGGAUUAAUGGGUUAGCUUCAAUUCUUUCCUCACAUAUGUCUAACCAUGCAAAGAUUGUUGCUCCUAUUGGCAAGGAUCAAGGGAGGCCCAGCCAUGCAAAUCAAAUGCUUGGUAACAAUGGAAUAAUGCAAGGAGCAACUUUUCCACAUUUUGACCGGAAAUUGAGCACCAGUCCUGUUCCAAUGUCUGCUUUUGUGGAAUCAAGCUCAAAAUCUAAUUCGUCUGGUAUUGGAACAUUAUCAGGUCCUGAAUUUCUAUGGGGAAGUCCUCCAUACUCUGAGAAUGUAAGCUCUUCUGCUUGGCCAGCACCAUCUGUAGGACAUGCAUUUGCAUCAAGUAUGAAGGGGCAGGGUCUUCCGCAAAUUAGUCGGCACAGCUCUUUCCUUGGCUCUCAUUACCAGCAUCAUGUGGGAUCUGCUCCUUCUGGUCUUCCUCUUGAUAGGCAUUUCGGUUUCUUCCCAGAGUCACCAGAAACAUCCUUUAUGACUCCAAAUGCAAUUAGGGGCAUUGGUGUGAACCACAACAGUGGAAAUUAUAUCAUGAACAAUAUGGGAGCUCGGGCAUCUAUGGUUUCCGGUAUUAGACUUCCAGGAUCCAUUGGGGAAAGCAGUUCACCUAGUUUUAGGAUGAUGUCAUUCCCAAGGCAUAGUCCAAUCUUUCUUGGAAAUGGGUCUUAUUCAGGACCAGGAACAGUCAGCAAUGAUGGAUUUGCUGAGCAUGGCAGAAGCCGGCGACUUGAGAAUUAUGGUACCCAGAUGGAUAGCAAGAAGCAAUAUCAACUUGAUUUGGAUAAAAUUAAUAGUGGAGAAGAUUCUCGGACUACAUUAAUGAUUAAAAACAUUCCUAAUAAGUACACUUCAAAGAUGCUGCUGGCUGCCAUAGAUGAAAAUCACCGGGGUGCUUAUGAUUUUCUCUAUCUUCCCAUAGAUUUUAAGAAUAAGUGCAAUGUGGGUUACGCCUUCAUAAAUAUGGUGUCUCCUUUACACAUCAUUCCAUUCUACGAGGCGUUAAAUGGGAAGAAGUGGGAGAAGUUUAACAGUGAAAAAGUUGCCUCCUUGGCAUAUGCACGAAUUCAGGGCAAAGUAGCCCUUGUGAGUCACUUUCAGAAUUCAAGCCUAAUGAAUGAAGAUAAGCGAUGCCGACCUAUUCUCUUUCACUCUGAAGGCCAAGAAAUUUGUGAUCAGGAACCUUUUGUGUCUGCCAACUUAAACAUAUGUAUCCGUCAGCCAGAUGGUUCUUAUUCUGGGGAUUCUUUCGAGAGCCCAAAGGGCACUCUGGAUGAGAUGCCAGACGAGAGUUGACAAUGAAAUUACACUCCUACCCUUGAAUCUUGGUAAGGAGUGCUACUACUGACCAUUACAUAGGUAUUUCAAGUGUACAGAGUUGGAAGACGGGGAACAAAUGUUCUUCUGCUCGAAUGAUGUGCAGUCUCCACUUUUGCGUCACGGAUACUGCAAACUAUUUCAUAAUGCAGAGAGCAUUUUCGUGUUGAAAACCAAAUUGUUUGUUAUUUAACCAAGGGAAUGGAUAUAAGGUAUCGCUAAUCGCUGAGGUUUCAGAUUUUUUUUUGCUUUUGCUUUUGCUUGUUGAUUCCAUUCCUGCUUUUAUACCGGGUUUUGGAGUCCAAUUGCACAUAUGUUUUACAUGUCAGUAUACAUAUAUGUAUAUGGGUUAUAUGGGUGGAAGGCUGUCCAUCCAAAUUGUAUAGGAGGUGAGGAAAACAGAACCUAGGGUCUGUUUGUUUGUACUGCAUGUCAGAUGCUGUUAUGCAACUGAAUGUGAAUUUAAUUAUGUAUCUGGUGGUUGUACAGUUUUAAGUAAUAACGUUCCCUUUGAAACUAAUAGUAAUGUACUUUAUUUACAAUAUUUACAA